UUCAAAAUGCUGGAUUCACUGACCUAUCUUUUAGAGAAAAUCUUUCUCCUUGCUAAUUUCAGUCUGUUUAAUAUUAUUUCUUCAGAGGAAGACAAGUGCACAGAUUAUUGUGAGGGACUUUCUUUACAAAGAGGAGAUUUACUAGAGGUCCCGCGCACUCUUUUUAUACACUUUGGUAUCUACCUAGGUGAAAACAAAGUGGCUCAUUUGAUGCCUGAUAUUAUGCCUGUGAUCACUAAUGACAAGUGUCAAAUUCAGAAAAUGGUCACUAAUAAAAGACUUAUCCUUGGUGUGCUUUCCAAGAACGCCACCAUAAGAGUUGAUACAGUUGAAGAUUUUGCUUUUGGAUCGAAAAUUAUAUUGAAUAUCAUGGACAACACGUUAAAGAUGCAGCCAUUACCAAACGAAGAAAUUGCAAGAAGAGCCGAAAAACUUAUCGGUGUUAUACCCUACAGCCUACUUUGGAAUAACUGCGAGCAUUUUGUUACCUACUGCAGAUACGGCUCACCCGUGAGUUUACAAACAGACAAGUUCUGUGAAACACUGAAAUCAGUGAUACGGGACCAGAGGAGUAUCCUGCUCACAGGUUUUUUGGGAAUGCUGUCCAUCGCCUACCUGGGCAUGGCCCCCUGCACUGCAAUACCCACAGUCUUCAUCCCUUUCGUCCUGUGGAUGGUUGGCUGACUGAUCCAGGACCAUAAACCAUGUUAUUUAAAAAAAGAUAUGUGUUUCCCAAUACAUACGUAAUGUGUACAUUUCCCCCACAAUUUAACUUACUGUGUAAGUCCAAAAGCUAUGCUCACAAUUUUAUACCUAAAUUAAGGAUAUUUGUAUAUCUAAUUUGAUGAGAUUUACAAGGAUUGUAUUGUAUUAAUUCUUUAGCUUUUUUUAUGAAAAGUCACAUUUUUGUAGUGUUCAUUUUCUAUGUAAAUGCCAUAUAGUUAUGAAAUAUUCAGUAUUUUUUUUAAUUCUGUGUUGUGCGUUUGUUUGUAAAUUUAAAAAGCUUCAUAUCCAUACACUAAUUCAGAGUUUAUUAUCACUGUAAAAUUAAUUAUAUGCACUAUGACUAACUAAUACAACUUGAUACAGUUGGCUUAUAUUGUUAAUAUUUUACCCCAUAUAGCAGUUACUGUUGGAACUACAUUUAUUACUGUUGUCAAUAAGGUCAAAAUUGUUUUUUUAUUUUUUAUUUUAAAUAAAGAAAAUAUAAUGUUAAAA